AUGGGCAACAGCCUUAGGUGCUGCCUGGCCUGCGUCCUCCCCUGCGGCGCGCUGGACCUGAUCAGGAUCGUCCACCUCAACGGCCGCGUCGAGGAGUACGGCCGGCCGGUGGCCGCCGGCGAGAUCCUGGCCGCCAACCCGAACCACGUGCUCAGCAAGCCGUGCUCUCAGGGCGUCGCCGUGCGGAGGAUCCUCAUCGUGUCCCCGGACUCCGAGCUGGAGCGCGGCGAGAUAUACUUCCUCAUCCCGGCGUCGUCGGUGCCGCCGGAGAAGAAGCCGCAGCCGCAGCAGCAGAAGACCGUCCUGCAGGCCGCUGGCUCGCACGGCGACCAGCUGGUGGUCAAGAAGGCGUCCUCUGCGGUGGUAGGCAAGACCGCUCAUCAUCCCAAGAGCAGUGGGCGCCGUGAGUUGGGUGACGCCUUGUCACAGAAGAGGUCGUCGCCGUCGUCAUCGCACCGGCGACGACGCAGCGGCGGCUGCAGAACCGUCGUAUGGAAGCCACACCUCGAGUGCAUUGUUGAGGACACUUGA